UUCAGUGGACGACUUUUGAUCACACACACAGGUUUCAUCUUUGACAAUUUUGUCAGACAGCCAAGCAGGGUCCAUCCAAAUCUAGUCGUGCCAAAGCUACUUCCCGCUAUAUUAAAAUCUAAUCAAAAUCAAAAUCUAAUCACUUCUCCCAUGAAACCUAGAGCUAAAAUUAGCGGCGCCGGAUGGUCAAGACCAGCCGCGUUCCUCUUAUCUAUUUCCUUCUCUUUCUUUUUAGGCUUCUUCUUGGCUUCUUCUUUAUUUUCUCAACAGAAUAUGUGGGUUGUAUUACAGGUAGAAACUGAAAACAAUAGUUUACAUGAUCCAAAACCUAGAAUACUUACAACAGCAGAUAACCAAUACGAUCCGUUGCCACACGGCGAAUCCGGUGAUGAUUCCUUCACAACUAUUCCUUUUCAGGUAUUAAGUUGGGAUCCUCGAGCGUUAUACUAUCCCGGUUUUGCAACGGACGAACAAUGUGACGGCAUUAUCAAGAUGGCCAAGGUAAAGCUUGCACCGUCUACCUUGGCUUUACGCAAGGGGGAAACGGCUGAGAAUACUAAAGGCAUUAGAACAAGUUCUGGGAUGUUUAUAAGUUCGUCCGAGGACAAAACAGGGAUCUUGGAUCAAAUCGAGAAGAAAAUCGAGAGGGCUACCAUGAUACCAAGAGGUCAUGGCGAGGCAUUUAACGUUUUAAGGUAUGAGAUUGGGCAGAGGUACAAUUCACAUUACGAUGCUUUCAACCCUACUGAGUAUGGUCCGCAAAAGAGCCAACGGAUUGCUUCUUUCUUGCUGUAUUUAUCUGAUGUGGAAGAAGGUGGGGAAACCAUGUUUCCAUUUGAGAAUGGUGAAAAUACUGCUUCAAAUUAUGAUUUCAAAAAGUGUAUAGGUUUGAAAGUAAAACCACGGAAGGGUGACGGGCUUUUGUUUUAUUCCUUGUACCCGAAUGGUACGAUUGACCCGACAUCGCUUCAUGGGAGCUGCCCUGUUAUCAAAGGCCAGAAAUGGGUAGCCACAAAAUGGCUUAGGAACGAAGAAGAUUUUGAUUAAAAUUUUUGCUCUUUAUUCCCUAAUUCAAUCUCUCGCUAUAUCUUUUAAAUUUUGGAUUCACAUAUAGUUGGUCAUAUCAAUACCAAUGUUUAUAUAUUUAACGAUAAAUUGUUAACUCCAAGGGCUGAUUCCCUUAAAUUUUCUUUUUUGCUUUUAUACACAUUUUGUUGAAAAUCUACUUUUUCUUCUGCCCUC